AUGGAAUUAAUUGCUAACAUUGUUAAUGACUUUCUAAAUGAAGAAGAACCAGAAUGUUGUUCAAGAGAAAAUCCUGUGUUUUCUUCUAUUUUUGAUAAACCAUUUGAAGAAGUAGAAAAAGAUAUUAAGCCAUUAUUAUUUUCAUCUAUUUGUAGGAAAAAAUCAAAUUUUGGGACACCAAGCAUUAUCUAUAGAUGUAAGACAUGUGAAAAGAAUGAAUAUUCAUGUAUUUGUGAAGAAUGUUUUAAGAAUGGAAACCAUGAAGGACAUGAUUAUGAAAUGCAAAAAACAAUUGAUUCAUUUACAUGUGACUGUGGAAAUGAAUUAGCAUGGAAAGUAAAUGGGUUUUGUAAAAAUCAUGGAAAAAAAUUUGAAGGAGAUGCAACACAAUUAUUACCCGAUAGUUAUAAAGAUAUUCCAUUAAAGGUAGAGACAGUACUAAUAACUAUUAUUAAAUAUUUGUUUAAUAGUACUACUCAAAAACAUCAAAAAGAAGAAUGUUGUUCAUCAUGUGAUGAAGAAUGUCAUUGUGAAUGUAAGCAUAAUCAAAGUGGAAUAAAUAUUAUUGGAAAAAUGUUAAAUGAACUUUCUGAAAUAUAUUUAUUAUUUAAUAUAUUUGGACAACUUAUGAAUAAACCAACUUCUUUUUCAAUUAAAAUUAAUGGAUUUUCUUAUCAAAAUUUAACUAUUGGUGAAGCUUUAUUUGUUGGAUGUGAAAAACAAUUAUCAGAAGAAUUAGAACAUUUUAUUACAUCAUUUCAAACUCACCCAAAAAUGAUUCAUUACAAUACUUCAUUAUUAUUUAAUUUCUUUAUUAAAUUAUCAUUUGAUGAAGAAUAUGAAAAUGGAUAUAUUUUAAAUGACCUUUAUUCUCAAUUAUUCCUUCAAAAAGAAUUAAGUUCUUUAUUUAUUCAAGACAGUAGUUUUAUAGUUUAUUUACAAACUCUUCAACAAUACAUUCAUUUAUUUAAAGAAAAUCAAACAGAAAAUGAAAUAUUACAAAAUAAUAUUUGUGAAUCAUUAAGAAUUAUUAAUUAUGUAUUUGGUAAUUCUAAUAAAAUAAUGAAUAAAGAAACAUUAAUUCAAUAUCUUCAAUGUCUUCAAGAAUUAUCAAAUGUAGAACCUUCACUUAAAAAACAGUAUGUUGAAAAAAUUACAUUAUGUAUAAUUGAACCAUUAUUAUUUCCAUUAAAAAUUACAGCUUAUUACUUUGUUGAUAAUAUUGAUAUUGGAUAUAUUUAUGAAAUAUUUAAUGAUAUUCAUUUAUUUGUAAUGAAUCAUUUAAAAAAUUAUAUGACAAAUUCUAAACAAAUUCAUUUUGGAAAAAGUAUAAUUCAUAACAGAAUUAUUGGAAUAAAUCAACCAAUAUCAACUCUAUCCCCUUUAUUAUAUUUUUAUACAUUAAUUCUUUCAGUAUUAAUGAAAAAUGAUUUAACUCUUGAUAUUUCAAAAGAAGAUAGUGAAAUACUUGUUGAAUAUGGAUUAAUGAAUUUAGUUUUUAGACACCAAUAUGAAAAUGGUAAAUGGUUACAAACUGGUGAAAAUUUUGUAUCAAACUAUAAUUUAUAUGUUACUCCAAUUAAUUAUGAAUUUGUACAAAGUGAUAUUGCAUUAGUACAAAUGUUGAAUUCAAUUGUAGGACCUAAUUUUAUUAUUGACACAUUAAAAUGGUAUUAUAAUAUUGAUAUUCCUGAAAGAAAAAAUGAUGAUGAUCAACAUGGUUUUAUUUGUACAGUGAUUCAAUUAAUAAGAGGAUUUAUUAUUAAUUCAAAUGUAUCAAAAGAAGAUCUUAUUAGAAUUUAUAUUAUUCAUCUAAUGAUUUCAGGUAUUACUGAUCCUGAUGAAAUGUCAUCAUUAGUUCCAUUCUUCUCAACUGAUUUUUAUUCUGCAUUUAAUUAUAUUAUGAGUCAAACUUUUGGUGGAAAUAAAACAAUUUUUAAUUAUGUUGAUCCUUUCUUUGCUCUUCCAAUAGAAAUGUCAAAAGCUCUUCUUCUUAAUACUAUAGAAAAUAAAGAAUCAAUUAAACUAAAUCGUUACCAAGUACAAAUAAAAGAUAGUUAUAUAAUAUCACCUUUUAUUCAUUUAAUGAAACAAUCAAUUUGUAGUUGUUUAUCAUUAAUAGAAUAUAUAGAAUCUAUUUCUACUCAAAAAAGUCUUAUAAAUUUUUCUUCAUCUUUACUUCAUGAAAUUAAAAUAAACUGUGAUCCACAAACUAAACAACGAAUUGAUUCAAUUCAAACAGUAUCAUAUUUUGAUUCAGAUUUGAUUUAA